UUGUCACCAGCUGUUGUCUGGAAGACGAAGGGAGGAAAAGUGGAUGCGUCGACACGAGGACACGCACGCACGCACACACGCACACACACUCAGCAGCACGCACCGGAGCCGAUAGACGGUUACCGGAUGACUGAUGGAAACACCGGAGCCUCGCCAGUCUCCCGGUGUUCGUACCAGUUACAUCGAUGAGACACAAACUGGGAUAACGGACUAGAGCCAAUACAGGUCGGAGUUGAAGCCAUUUUUUCUCCCUCUGCUACAUCCAGUCGCAUCCAGCUGGGUUCAAGCUCAUUCGGCACGUCGUACCGGUCGGGUAGAGCGUCGGCGCCGCCGUCAUGAACGUGGGCACGGCGCACAGCGAGGUGAACCCCAACACCCGGGUGAUGAACAGCAGGGGGAUGUGGCUGUCCUACAUCCUGGGCAUCGGCCUGCUGCACGUCAUCCUGCUCAGCGUUCCCUUCGCCAGCGUCCCCGUGGUCUGGACCCUCACCAACCUCAUCCACAAUCUGUGCAUGUACCUCCUGCUUCACACGGUCAAGGGGACGCCCUUUGAGACCCCGGAUCAGGGCAAGGCUCGCCUCAUGACGUACUGGGAGCAGAUGGACUACGGCGUGCAGUUCACUGCUUCACGCAAGUUCCUCACCAUCACACCGAUUGUCCUGUACAUACUAACCAGCUUCUACACCAAAUACGACCGGGCCCAUUUCGUGGUGAACACGGUUUCCUUGCUCACUGUGCUCAUCCCCAAGCUGCCCCAGCUGCACGGCGUGAGGAUCUUUGGGAUUAAUAAGUACUGACGAGGCGGAAGAGGACCUUCCCCUCGGUCCCCCGUGGACUUGCUGAGUGCACGCAGAGUAUCAGGCCGCAGAUCCACAAGGAAUCUGUGGCGCUCUGGACUCUGCUGAGCGGCGCUCCAAACGAAGCCCACCGGGGACACUGCCAUGGUACCGAGCCGCAAUACACACUGCAGAGUGCACAAAGGGAAGGCGUGCUCUCCUUCCUCAGAGACACUUUGUAAGGAAAAUAAAAGGGAGUAUUAUGAUUACGUCCAUUUCUGUAGAAAUGACUGUUUCCUGAUGUGACGGGUGUCAGAGGGACAAUGUAUAUCACGUGCCAUUUUACACCGAGGCUGUAAUCAAAAGUUAUUCAGUGUGUAAGGAUACGCUGCUGUAUUUAUUCAGCUGCACUCCAACGCGACGCUUCCUCCUUCUUGAGGAGAGAAACGAUAUUUAAAUGACAUGGUGAGCGACCCACGAACUGCUGCACAGACGAGACACGGGAAACCACAAGGCUCUAUAUUUAGGCCUCUCUCUGUUCCGCUCGGGGGCCGAAGUAUAGCGACUCUUUUAUUUUUAUCUGACCGUGUUCAUAUUUAGAGUCCUCUUGUCUUGGUUUGUGUCACAGUGAGCCUGCUGACUGCAGAGCCAUCUGGCCCGUGUGCAGAAAGAACUCUACUGAUUCAACAAACGUCCUGAAAUACUACGUUGGGAGGCGAGUGUUUCUGAAGCCUUAAUCACAGAUAC